AUGGCGACCAAGAAGAUUGAGGUGGUACUCAAGUCCGAGAAUGAGAAACUCUCAGAUCUAAUCAAGGCCCAGGACGCUCAUGUAGUCAUCCUCAACAACAAACUCACAGCAACACAGGGAGCAAUGCUGGACAUUGGCAAGAAAAUGAUGGAAAUCAAGGCAGCAAACACCAUGCUGCAUCAUGAGUUAGCUUCACUUAAAGCAAGUGGCGUCCCAACGGUGCAAGGUUACACCUCCAGAAUGGUCCAAUCGCACAAACUGCACAUUAAGAUAGCUGAACCUCCACACUACUCGGGCAAAGGAAGUCUGGAAGACUGGCUCCAACAACUUGGCAUCUGGAUGCAGUGGAAUGAGAUCAACGAUGACGAACGAAAAAUCACCAUGGUCCUGCUACACUUAGAAGGUGGCGCAUUCACCUACAUGUCAGAAUACACAAUCAAGGCAGUGGCAAGGCAAUCACUCAGCACCUGGGAAGACUUUGUCGACAUUCUCAAAACCUACCCCACUAUGGUCUCCUUCACAGAGAAGUUCCACCAGUGGGCCACCAAGACCAACUUGGGGCAUACUGCACUCAUCGAUUAUAUUGCUGAACAUUGUGACAAGGAUGUGCACCAAGCAAUGGUGACCCGAGACAGCCUAGGCAUCACUGACCUGACCACAUGGCUAGAGUACCUCAACCUAUGUUUGCAACUCAAGUCAAAGUUCAGAGCCGACAAGGCAGGACAGCACGGAAUAACAACAUCAUCAUCACAGGCACUGAAGCCCCAGAAAGAUCCUAAUGUCAUGGACAUGAACCAUGCAUCCCAACUUACAAGGGAACAGAAAGGAUGGCUGAAGAAGAAGCUGUGCGUAUGCUGUGAAAAACACCUCUUCAUAUUUAAACAGCACUGCCCAGACCUCAAGUACAAAGGCAAAUUCGAAAUGCCAAAGCGGGGUCAAGCGACAAGGGCAGUAAUGACACCAGUGGCAUCAACUAGUUCUGACAAUAGCAAGGCAAGAGAGGAAGCUGUCCAUGCAUUUCUCACCAGCUACGACACAAAGGGUAGCGAGGCAGAACCAGAACCAACUGUCGAGGCAGCUAGGAUCACGGAGGUGGAAAAUGAUGAGAAUUUUCUUCAGUGGGUUCUCUGA